CGAUGAGAUAGAUAUACCGGAAGCAGUUUAGCGUUAAGAUCUAAAUCUGCACAGUCGUGGGAUCUCGUGGGAUUUUACUUUCACAUGUUUUGAAGCGGCGCUACCGAGAUUAGUCAGCAGAGCUUAAAGGCUUACUUUCGUUACUUUUGCACGAUAUAGAUUGAAACUCUCCGGAACUACGUCAUAUGUCAGGGAGUCGAGUCCAAAAUGCCGCUACAUGUGAGAAUCCGCGGUCAACGGGGCUCGGGAGCAUGUGUCGAUCACGACUAUUUCAACGUGCAGAAUUUAUUUAUUAGCCGUCCGAGGAGGAGCCAGAGGAGAGUAUAGGCCAUGAUAUUUGGAAUAGCAAUGAUGGGGAUAGUUGCUACGGCCCUGUGAACCCUGCAACCCUAAAGCCGGGGUUCUAUCAGUCCGUGUUACGGUGAUGGCCUCGUCCAGAACACAGAUUGCGCGGCAUGACAGCCUACAAAAACUCACUAACACGGCCAGGCUGAAUUGCCAGCCAUUAAAAGCUUGUGAGGCUAUCCCCUGUCAUACGACGUGCUGCGGGGUAAAGUCUACGUCCGCCAAUAAAGUAGAGCGCCCUUCUUUCAUAAUCAAGGGAUCCAAUAUGAGACCUCUUAGUAAUUGCAUCAGGGAGGCGUUUUGGUGCAUCCCGACGACCUCAUAAAUGCGGUCGACAAAUGGGAAAGGCAGUGUCUAACACAACCUGGGCUGGAGCUGAAAAACAGUGCAUGUUGUGGCUUUUAUCACCCUUGUAGCAUUUGCUGCCAAUGCGGGACAAAAGCUUGCCUUAUCUCUGUGACAUAUUACACAUAUAAGUAUGCUUGGGUGAAUGGAUGGAGCUGUGUCGAGCUGUGAUAUUCUCCUAAAAUCUACAGAGAUUCUUGAAUGCCUUUGAUCAGUGAUAUCUACUCUACGAAACAUCUAAACCUCCAUCUAUUCCAGUGACAACACUCACAAUGCAAGGCAUCGUCGUCGACAAUGCGGGUGGGGACUUCCACCUCGUAGACACGCUCGAGGAGCCUACCCCAGGCCGAAACCAGAUCUUGGUCAAGUCUCUUGUUACUGCCAUCAACCCCGUUGAAGGAUUCAUGCAAGGCACCGGGCAACUGGUAACAGCCUGGCCUAUUGUCCUUGGCUGCGACGCCUCGGGAACCGUAGUCGAAGUUGGCGAGGGCGUGACGAAAUUCAAGAUCGGCGAUGCUGUGUUCGGGUGCACCACGCUGGGAACCCCUGGGCACUCGACUUUCCAAGAAUAUUUUUUAAUGGAUGAGGAUCUUACGUUUAAGAAGCCGGGGGGCGUGACUACGGAACAGGCUGCGACUAUUGGCGUUGGGCUUCUUACUGCAGCUUUGGGUGUCAUUAUUGGGGCAAACGUCGAGUUAAAAGCUAAAGAGAGUAAUUCCCAAAGCCCAUGGUUGAUUGUUCUCGGUGCAGCCGGAGGUGUUGGCCAGUUCGCCGUUCAGUUGGGCAAGCUAUGCGGCUAUAGGGUUCUUGGAUCCUCCUCCCCUUCUAACACCGAGGUCGUCAAAGCCGCCGGAGCAGAAGCAGUCUUCGACUACAAACUUCCCCUCGAUGAACAGUUAGCUACUAUUCAACAGGUAACUAAUGGCAACUUCACUCGCGUCUUUGAUGCUAGCGCAAUGGGCACCGAAACAGGCAUAGACGCAGUCACGCAAGUUGCCGAUCAAAGAGCUCCAGAGAGGUACUUCUCCACGACUAAUGACUGGGCUCCCAUCGAUCCUCGAGAAGGCGUGGCGAUUCACCAUGUGGAGUUGGGACAAAUCGGACGCUCGGGGAGUGAGAAAGCGGAGAAAAUCAAUAAGGAUAUUGUCACCAUGAUCCCUAAUUUGGAGGAUUAUUUGGGGGCUGGCCUUCUGAGACCGCUUGAAUAUGUGCAGGUGGGAGAUAUUGGGGUUGGGGAGGUUUUGAAAGCCCUGGAGGCGUUUAAGAAUCAUAAGAGUGGGAAGAAACUUGUGGUGAGGCUGGCGGAGAACUAGGAAUUAGUUAGUGUUGAAUUAACGACAUCUAUUCACGAUUAGUUUUCCUAUAUAUGUAUCACACGUUUCUACGAGAUAUGCCAGUUAGCAUUGAACGGUGGCCCAGGCUGCUCCGCCUUCAGUAAUGGCAUCGAAGAUGGCUUCUAGGACUAGGACUUAAUAAUUGAAUUUCAACCGUC